UGACACCACAGACCAACGAAUUCAUGUUUAACUUUGACAUUUCGUUUGUUUUUAACUGUCAGUGUCAGUUGCAUCAUCGUACUAGUCCCACGUAUGUGGGAUAAAAUGUAGAUUUUUGCUAAAAAUAUAGUGUUUUAAGCUUCAAGAUGUCUUCCUCGGGUAUUUUCAUUCUGGACGUGAAGGGCAAGGUCCUGAUCUCCAGGAACUACCGGGGGGACGUGGACAUGGGCGUCAUAGACAAGUUCAUGCCGCUUCUGAUGGAGAAGGAGGAAGACGGUAUGUUGACGCCCUUACUGCAGACCAACGAGUGCACCUUCGCCUUCAUCAAGACCAACAACCUGUACAUCGUGUCCACCACCAAGAAGAAUGCCAACAUAGCGCUCGUGUUCGUCUUUCUGUACAAAAUAGUGGAAGUCAUGACUGAAUACUUCAAGGAACUCGAAGAGGAGAGUAUCCGUGACAACUUUGUGGUGAUUUACGAGCUGAUGGACGAGCUGCUCGACUUCGGCUACCCGCAGACCACGGACAGCAAGAUCCUGCAGGAGUACAUCACACAGGAGGGCCACAAGCUGGAGAUGCAGGUGCGAAUCCCAAUGGCUGUCACCAACGCCGUCUCCUGGAGGUCGGAAGGGAUCAAGUACAGGAAAAACGAGGUCUUCUUAGAUGUUAUUGAGUCUGUCAAUCUGUUGGCCAACUCCAAUGGCAAUGUGUUGCGAAGUGAGAUUGUUGGUGCCAUCAAAAUGAGGGUGUACUUGUCUGGAAUGCCAGAAUUAAGGCUCGGGCUCAAUGACAAAGUACUUUUCGAAAGUACUGGCAGAGGGAAGUCUAAGUCUGUUGAGCUGGAAGAUGUGAAGUUCCACCAGUGCGUCAGAUUGUCCCGAUUUGAGAAUGACAGAACAAUUUCAUUCAUCCCACCGGAUGGUGAGUUUGAACUGAUGUCCUACAGACUGAACACACAUGUGAAACCACUAAUUUGGAUAGAGUCUGUGAUCGAGAGACACGCUCACUCCAGAGUCGAGUACAUGAUCAAAGCCAAAUCCCAGUUCAAAAGGAGGUCAACUGCUAACAAUGUUGAAAUUAUCAUACCCGUCCCGGCCGAUGCCGACUCCCCUAAGUUCAAGACAACCAUUGGUAGUGUGAAGUACACUCCAGAGCAGAAUGCCAUCACUUGGUCCAUCAAGUCUUUCCCAGGAGGCAAGGAGUACUUAAUGCGGGCUCACUUUGGCCUGCCCUCAGUUGAGUGCGAGGAUGUGGAUGGAAAGCCGCCCAUUCAGGUCAAAUUUGAAAUCCCUUACUUUACAACCUCUGGGAUACAAGUGAGAUACUUGAAGAUCAUUGAGAAGAGCGGCUACCAGGCGCUGCCCUGGGUGCGCUACAUCACGCAGAAUGGAGACUAUCAAUUAAGAACUAACUAAUCAUGCCCUUUAAGUUUCAAACACAUUCCUUAUCUUAUUUUUAAGUAUGCACUUUUGAAUUUUAUUUUUUGCAAGUGGAAAAUGUCAUUGAUAUGUAGGUAUUAAUUGGAAUAGUAUUAUGCGAUUUGUAUUUAACACAAUGUAAUAAAUGAUUAAUAAUUAUA